CCGAGCCGAGAGGUGGGGACCCGCAGGUAGUGCGGUCGCUCGCGGGGUCCGCAGCACUCCCUGGUGGGCGAGGCGGGGUCUCUCUGUUCGGGAGCGGGGACGCAGCUGGCGGGGUGCUGUAGGCCCUGGGGUCCGCUCAGCUGACGAGGUCGCCGGGCUGCGGGGGGACCAUGUGGAUGCUGGGUGGAGGCUCUGGGGGGCGCACAUCUGGCGGGGAGAGGUCUCUGGUUCCUGACACGCGACCCCCGCCCGCCAGAAUGGGCAGCAGCUCGCUGUCCGAGGACUACCGCCUGUGCCUGGAGCGUGAGCUGCGGCGCGGCCGCGCGGGCGUGUGCGGGGACCCAUCGCUGCGAGCGGUGCUGUGGCAGAUCCUGGUUGAAGACUUCGACCUGCACGGGGCGCUGCAGGACGACGCGCUGGCGCUGCUCACCGACGGCCUGUGGGGCCGCGCCGACCUGGCCCCCGCGCUGCGCGGCCUGGCCCGCGCCUUCGAGCUGCUGGAGUUGGCCGCCGUGCACCUGUACCUGCUACCCUGGAGGAAGGAGUUCACCACCAUCAAGACCUUCUCCGGGGGCUACGUGCACGUGCUGAAAGGUGCCCUCUCGGAGGACCUCCUCAUCCAGAGCUUCCAGAAGAUGGGUUACGUGCCCAGGGACAACCACCGCCUGACGAUGGCUGCCCUGCCACCCGCCUGCCAGCUGGUGCAGGUAGCCCUGGGCUGCUUUGCCCUGCGGCUGGAGUGUGAGAUCCUGGGCGAGGUGCUGGCCCAGCUGGGGACCAGCGUGCUGCCAGCGGAGGAGCUGCUGCAGGCCCGGCGGGCCAGCGCGGAUGUGGCCUCCUGCGUGGCCUGGCUGCAGCAGCGGCUGGCCCGGGAAGAGGAGCCGCCACCUCUGCCCCCCCGGGGCUCCCCCACCGUGUUCCAGACGCAGCUGGACCUAUACCGGGACCUGCAGGAGGACGAGGGCUCGGAGGAGGCCAGCCUGUAUGGGGGGCCCUCGCCGGGCCCUGACUCCCCUCCCCCAGAGCUGGCCUGCCGGCCUCCACUCUGGGGACAGAGCGCCAAACUGUGGGGUGCCAGGGGAGGGGCCUGGGAGCCACUAGGGGAGGCUGAGGUGCUGCCGCAGGCCGGCAGCCCGCCGUACGGGGCCUUGAAGGGGGAGCCGGAGCCAGAGCCGGACACCUUCUCCUUCCUGUCGCUGCGCCAAGAGCUGCUAAGCAGGCCUGGAGACCCAGGGAGGUCGGGGCGGGCCAGCCCCCAGCGUGGGUACGGGCCCAGCCCCCCACCCCCCGGCUACCAAGCACACGGCUGCCUGGCUCCCGGUGCCCUGCCCACCCUCUGCUGUGACACGUGCCGCCAGCUGCACGCCCCGCACUGUGCCACCCUGCCCGCCUGCCGUCUAGGUCACGCACUUCGUGUGCUGCUCGGUGACACCCAGCAGCGCCUCUGGCUGCAGCGUGCACAGGUGGACACCCUCCUCUAUGAUGGGCCGGGGGCCCGACCUUAGGCCCAGCCAGGCCCUGGGUCAAGUGCUUUCCAGAGAGUUUCCGUGGUGCUUCUCUGGGCCUCAUCACUCCUCAGGCCUGAGCCCUGGCCACCCUGCCCCCCGGGGACUCCUGGGCACAGCAGGGUGGGGGAAUCCAGGCCUCACAAAGCAGGAGAUGGGCUCCUGCCUUCCAUGGAAAGCUCUUGCCUGGGGCUGGCCGGCUCCCCACCCCCUGCUCCCAGCGUUCCAGACUAUGUCCCAACGUGCUGGGUGGAGUCUAGUUUGUGUCCGCGUCUCACCACCAUGCCUACUCCCACGAAGGGCCCUCUCCCUCCUCUUUCACCCCUCCCCCAACCCACUGGAGGGGCCCAGCACCCAGCCUGUAGCUCUUGACCUAUCCCUGUAAGUUGUGGUUCAGGACAUGUUGCCUCCCUCUGAGUGUCCAAGGGAGAUUCUCCUCACAGGGGUGUCCUUGGAGGCCCGCAGGUGACACCGUGGGCCACUGAGCACCACCGUGACCAGCCCAGGGGCUCUGCCAGGUACGUGGCUGACCUAGCCUUUUGCCGGUGGAACGAGCCGAGGGCUGGCCCGAGAUGGACCCACGUGCCCUGGUCAGCGCUGGGCUGGGAAGCUGGGCCCACACGUGGAAGAGAAACAAUCCGAUCUCACAGCAGAGUGUGCAGGCUCCCGAGGAGUCCAGAGAGCAGGGAGGCACGCAGCAAGUGGGGCCUGGACUCUUGUCCAAGCGAGGCUGUGUCACUCGCUUCCAGGUGGAACGUGGGGCUUCUGAGCAAUCAGCACCCCACAAGCCACCUUGCUGGGGCUCUCUGCUGCACAGGCUUCCCACCUGAUCAUUCACCCUGGGCCCAGUGGUAAAGAUGGGGUCCAGGCUCUUGAGUAGCCACCUGCUCAGACCGACUCUCAGGGCGCAGGCGGGCGGAACCCCUUUUCCUGGGGGGGAAGGGGUCCCAGAACAUACUAACCCACAGGACUGGAGGGGACAGGUGCCUGUUUCUGUGCUGGCCCCUCCUCACUGGGCACUCUGCCCGUCUGUCUGUCCCACCUCCUUCCCAGCACUCAGAGAACCACCUUCACGUCAUGAGUCAGAACCCAAAGUUCAUUAAAGGACAUUGAACCUG